CAGAGGCUCUUUAUUUGCUUCAAAUGGUCAGCAUGAAAAAGGUUGGAACAUUUGACCAGAUUACAGUUUCGUAGAGUCAAGAGGCUUCGGAAAGACGUUUUAUUAUUAUUCUUUUGGCUUUUACAGACUUUGAAAUACAUUGAGACUUCUUAAGACGGUUUCGUCUUUAAGCUCGGAGCCAGUAAAAGAGACUCUGACUCUCUACUGCUGCUCUGUGUGUCCCAGUGAAACUUCAUGGGAAGGUGUGUCUGUGGAACUAAACACUGAGCAGCUUGUUUGCAUUGCCCGCAUCAGAUCUCUGUAAUAUUCCUCUGAUAAACUGCCCCAAGCCUCUGGCUCUGUUGACCCAGCAAACUGGUCCUAAUCCGUGUGUGCAGGCUGUCCAUAUACUUUUGGCCGCGCAGUUCAUUUGUGGGGGGUGUUAAUCUUUCCGUUUUAACAUUUGCUUCGUGCGUGUUCCAAUUUCCUUAAACCCAGCCUGCCAGCGACAUGCAAACCCAGCAGGUCUGCAGCAGCCACAGACCAUACAGUCAGAGAUCCGGCUCCUCCUCCUCCUGGGCGGAGGUCUGACACUGAAAAUCUGCUCUGAGGAAAACUUUGUUGUCGACAAGCUGCGAAGUCUUUUUCUCUCCAACUCUUCUCCCUCUGGUUUUUCUCAUUCUCCUCCAUCAUGUCCGGCGUCGCGGUAACUCUGGCCAAGAAGCGCGCCAUAGCCGCGGGCUUCGGCACCAACGCCAACGCGAUACCGUACCUGAACCAGGACUUCGCGUCUCUGCGGGCGCAGUGCCUCUCCUCCGGACAGCUGUUCUGCGACCCGACUUUCCCUGCUGCACCCGAGUCCCUGGGCUUCAAAGAGCUGGGCCGGAACUCCCCCAAGACCCGCGGAGUCACCUGGAAGAGGCCCACGCAACUGGUCUCAAAGCCUGAGUUCAUCGUGGGCGGAGCCACCAGGACCGACAUCUGCCAGGGAGCCCUGGGUGACUGCUGGCUGUUGGCAGCCAUCGCCUCGCUGACCCUGAACGAAUACGUGAUGGCCAGAGUGGUUCCUACCGACCAGGGCUUUGGUAGCGACUAUGCUGGCAUCUUCCACUUCCAGCUCUGGCAGUUCGGGGAGUGGGUGGACGUGGUGAUCGAUGACCAGCUGCCGGCCAAAGACGGAGAGCUGCUGUUUGUCCACUCGGCUGAGGGGAGGGAGUUCUGGAGUGCCCUGCUGGAGAAGGCCUACGCCAAAGUGAACGGCUGCUACGAGGCUCUGUCUGGUGGUUCCACCACCGAGGGCUUUGAGGAUUUCACCGGAGGCAUCGCGGAGAGCUACGACCUCCAGCGGCCUCCGUCCAACAUGUUCCAGAUCAUCAAGAAAGCUCUGGAGGCUGGAGCGCUGCUGGGUUGCUCCAUUGAUAUCACCAGCGCUGCAGACUCGGAGGCCAUCACGCGUCAGAAGCUGGUGAAAGGCCACGCCUACUCGCUGACGGGUGCUGUGGAGGUGAAGUACCGGGGUCGACAGGAGAAGCUGGUGAGGGUGAGGAACCCCUGGGGUCAGGUGGAGUGGACCGGAGCUUGGAGCGACGGGUCGUCUGAGUGGAACGACAUGCAGGGAGACUGUCCACAAGCCAACGCAGAGGACGGAGAGUUCUGGAUGUCCUUCAGCGACUUCCAGCGUCAGUACUCUCGUAUUGAGUUGUGCACUCUGACCCCCGACGCCAUCGAAAAUGACUCAGUCAAACCCUGGAGUGUCAGCAAGUUCAAUGGCACCUGGAGGAGAGGCUCCACCGCUGGAGGCUGCAGGAAUCAUCCCUACACCUUCUGGAUGGAUCCUCAGUAUGUGAUCAAACUGGAUGAGGAAGACGAUGACCCAGAUGAUAACAAGGUGGGCUGCAGCUUUGUGGUCGGGCUGAUCCAGAAGAACCGCAGAAAGCUGCGGAAACAAGGAGAGGAUAUGCUCACCAUCGGUUUCGCCAUCUAUGAGCUUCCACAGCAGUUCCACGGCCAGAGGGAUGUGCAUCUGGAUAAGAACUUCUUCCUGACCCAUGCUCAGAAGGCAAAGUCAGAGACCUUCAUCAACCUGCGCGAGGUCAGCACUCGCUUCAAACUGCCGCCUGGAGAGUACCUGAUCGUCCCGUCCACCUUUGACCCGAACCUCAAUGGAGACUUCUGCAUCCGGCUGUUCUCUGAGAAGCAAACCGAGACCCUACCCUGUGACGACCCGGUCAAGGCUGACAUUGAUGAUGAAAUGGUGUCAGAGUCAGAGUUGGAUUCAGGAUUCAGAAACCUCUUCACUAAACUCGCCAGUGACGACGGGGAGAUCUCUGCCUCGGAGCUGAUGACCAUCAUGAAUAGGGUCAUUGCCAAACGCACUGACAUCAAAACUGACGGCUUCAGUAUGGACACCUGCAAGACGAUGGUCAACCUGAUGGACGACAGUGGGAACGGGAAGCUCGGCCUCGUAGAGUUUGCCACACUGUGGAAGAAGGUUCAGAGUUACCUGUCGAUCUAUAAGAAGAACGACCUUGAUAACUCGGGGACAAUGAGCACUCCAGAGCUGAGAAUUGCCUUAAAAGAUGCAGGUUUCACUCUCAACAACACCAUCUACCAGCUGCUGGUGGCUCGAUACGCCACCGACGACAUGAUCCUCGACUUUGACAACUUUGUGUGCUGUCUGAUGAGGUUGGAGAUGAUGUUCAAGAUCUUUAUGAAGCUCGACAUGAACAACAGCGGCUCCAUCGAGCUCAACUUUAACCAGUGGAUAAACUUCAGCAUGAUCUGAGCUGUGGCUGCGUGUUUGUCUGGAGCUCCAGUGAAUCAGCAGCACACCAUAUUCCUGUUUAUAGCAUCUUGUCAUCACUUUUAAUGUUUUACAUGUGAGAGUUCUGUUUCAUUAUGUAUACACUACCUGAUGAGAGUCAAUGUAGUCAAUAAAUCUAUCCACAGAACUUUA